CUUUAAAAUGUACUGCACUGUUUUUUGUUGCAGUUUAUUUCAGUAUUAUUAUUGCUUUGCGUCCCCUGUCAUCCUAGUUUCAUUCCGAUCGUAGAGCCGGCCCGCCUGUUUAGUUUCUCCAGUCUGGAGCUGUCCUUCUUAGACAUAAACUAGGUAUUAACGUUUGAAUAGUCUUUCUUUCUUUAAACAACAGGUUGUUGAAGCAAGUGCAGUCAUGUGUGCCAGCAAAGAAACCCCCAACAUGAGCUGCUAUCACGGUGCAUCUAAACCCGUUUAUGUCGACGAGGAGCUUCUGCAGGAGGCUGUACUGGAACAAGGACUUCAAGAUCAAGCUGAACGUAUUGCCAAAGAAGAAGGAAUCCACUAUAAUGACGCCCUUAGGUUGAGUCUGGAAUACAGAAACAUCCGGAGGAUAGACCACCUAUGGGAGUUUACGUCCUUGACCAAGCUCAACUUGAACAACAACUUCAUCAAGAAGAUGGAGGGAUUGAACCAUCUUGUUAACCUGACAUGGCUCAAUUUGUCGUUUAACAACAUUGAGAAAAUCGAGGGUCUGGAGGGUCUUCAGAAGCUGGAAGUGCUCAAGUUGUCCAAUAACAGGAUCUCUUUUGUUGAAAACAUGGACAACCUUGUGGAGCUCACUAUUUUAUGCCUUGCUAACAACCUUCUCCAGCAAUUGAACAAUGUGGUUUAUCUCAGGAGGUUCAAGAAACUCUUCACCCUCAAUAUAGAGGGAAAUCCCAUCCCUGAGGAGAGCUGUGAGGAUAAAUACCUGAUUUUCAUUGCUGCUUACUUUCAACAACUGAAGUUCCUGAACAACAUAUUUCUCAAUGAGGAUAUCAGAAAUAGGGCAAAUAUAAAGUACAACCUUGACAUUGAGGAGAUGAACCAAGGGGAGUUACAGCGGCAGCAAGCUGUGGAGGAAAAUAGAAAGCAGGAGGCUGAACUACAACGGCACGAGGAUGCCUUUGUGGAGCAGCUGAACGGAUCUCAUCUCUAUAACAACAUAUUCCAGAAUGACACAGAGGCGGACAAGCUACACUGCCUCCCUGGAGUGGACGAGUUACUUGAGGGAUUUGAGAAGCUUAUCACGGAUCUGUGCAACCAGUUGUUUGACGUCGGCCUGGCUGAGCACAAGCGGCGAGAGGCGGAGAUAACCUUAUUCUUCCAGCGAAAUGAAGCGGACGUGACGAAACACCAACGCAUUGCAUUCAACCGGCUGACUGACUUUGAGAAGCAACACAAGCAGAGAAUCAAGGAGCUGCAAGAGUUAAUAGAUGCGAAAGAAAGGAAGAGCCAGGUGGAUAACUGCCACAAGGAAAUCAACCUUUUGUGUUACAACCUGAUGACGGUGGAAUUCCAACUGUACAGCCAUAUGGAGGAAACCAUCAGAAAGUUUGACAACAACAUCUCAGAGAUGACUUCCAGUUUCAGUGAAACAGCUCAAGGGAUUUUCGUCCAUUGUCGAGAGCUGGAGGAAAGCCAUCACAAGAACAUCCAACAGAUUGCUAACACUACCGUGGAGAUGGUGGCUAAGGGCGAAUCUGAGGACGAGCUGCCAGACGAUGUUCGAAUGCUGUUCUUGGACAAAAACACAGUGACGGACACACUGGCAGCCAGCCACGAUAACCACGUGCAGACAAUCAAUGACAGAGAAACUCAGUUGGUCACCCGUGCCGAGGCCUGGAAAGUGGCCCUCAUUAAAGGGAUUGAAGACACAGAACUCCGACGCAACCGCAUGCGCAUCGCAGACAUCCACAGAUAUGCAGACUAUCUGAGGGGGCAGCUGGAAAAGUUUCAGUAAUGCAAUCAUUAUGGG